UGCAAUACCACAAUGUCUCACGAUCCCACUUCUUGGUCCUGAAUCUAUGAUUCGUCAGAGUCUAAUACACUGGCUUCUGGACGAUUCUUUCUUCGGAGAGCUUGGGCGAAGGCUUUUGAUAAUUCAUCAUUUACUUAUAGAUCGCCCGCGAAACCUCAGCUUAGAUUGCGGUCCUCACAUCAACCGCUGCAUCGCCGAGCUGACACAUCGACCGAACCACCACCCGCACUGCGACCUUUCCAUGUGCAACCACCUUGUCGUUCAUCAGUGGCCUGGCCUGUUGCUGGGAGACGAAGCUCCUGUGCCAGCUCAUUUUUGCCGAUGGUUGUGCGCGUUCCCGUUUCAGAACCUUCGGCCAUCGAGCAAGAGCUCGCCACCACGGAUGACAGGGAGACUAGCCCUAUGGACACCGAGGUUGCCCCAGAAACUCGGCAAUCGGAACGUUCAAUGUCGAUGAUAGCUGUUUCAAACGAAGAUGUGGAAGACACCUGUUCGCCGCAAGGUAGGCAGACUCUAUCAUACGAGGCAAAGGCCAACCGUGUCCAUGAACUCUGCCUCCAAGCAACACGGAGAUAUCUCGAAGAACGACGGACGAAUCUACGGAUGCGAGUGGCGCCAACUACGAUGUACCAUUUCAGUAUGCGUCGCCAAUCACCGAGAGCUUCGUUUCGUUUUGCUCCGUAUACCAACUCCCGCCAACGUUUCGGAAAUUUGCCCUCCACGGCCUCGGAGAUGAUAGCCGGGGUUGCAGAGGCCUCAACCGAGUCACUGGUGGCCAACAUCGGUAGGAUCUGCGACGGGAUUUGGGCGCAGGCCCAGAGGGACAGACUUUACGUCCCAGGCACAGAGAAGGCUGCAGUGGUGAACAUGAGACACUUGCUGGACUGGGCCGACACAGUUGCCAGCACUCCACGAAGUUGGGCACACAUUCGGCUAGUCUCUACGCAUGGGAAGAGCCUGUGUGCAUGGUUGGGCGACUUUGAUGGAAGAGCCGAGAUCGACCGGCUGGGUUUGUAGGUUCAUGUGGGUGGGUAUUUGGAUAUCGGUGAUAAUCCAAAGGUUGUUUGGGUGAGCUCUGCUUCUGUCGAGCGUGGUCAGAUCACUUACCAUGUUAGCUUGAGGGGUGGUCAUGGCAUGGGAUGUUGGCUGGAUGCUUAGGCAAGUUAGUUGCCUGCAAACCACCAUGAUUAGCCUGCCCCAAGGGCCACACCC